GGAAGACUGGGAGCUGAUUGCAACAACUUCAGGAAGCUGGGCAACCUAAGCUAAGCGAUUUUUAACCUAAAAAGUUAAAAGAAACAAAAACUGAUCUUCAUGUUUAGCUAGGUGGGAUUUUAAAUUUGCACACACAGUGUACCUACUAUAGAGUUAGGAGACAUGAUCUGCUUUAGGCAAAGGGUAUAAGUCUAUUUACUUUGACACUCAUACACAGAAACCAUUGCACUGCUUGUAUCGACCUGCACUUUGACGAGGUGAGUGUGGUGUGUGUGACAUUUUUAUAAGAUCAGGUAUGUGACUGUCUUCCUGAGUGAAAGUCUAGCUGGCUGUUAAACACACAGCACUUUGCUGCAUUGUAUCAGGGAGAUAGUGCAAUCACACUUUGCCCAUGUUCUAUCAGAUUGUGUAAGUGAUACUUUGUGUUUCUUACAAUAGAAUGCUGCUAACUUGUGUCAGUGUUGCAGUCUGUGUGCACAGGGCUUUGUGUGAACAUGGCUGUUUAUAACACCUGGAUUAUAUGUGUGGGUGAUCAGGUGAAUGUGUGGUUAUACCACUGUAAAAGAUUGGAUGUCAGUAACAAGCAAGGGGCAGUGAAAACUGUAUCUGUUCAAGGGUGUAUCUGAUUGUGAGUGUGUUGUUUGAGUGUAAUUGGCCGUCACAUUGCACCAUAGUUGCUCACACACUAGCAUCAGAACUUAACUUGCAAGACAGAUCAUUCAUACCAUCUAGGCAAAAAAGGGAAAAAUUGUAUCUUUCCGAAAAGAUUGCUACCAAUGAAAAAUGCCACCUGAUAUUUAGUUAACAUUUCCUGGAUACUUGCACUAAAGGGACAUUGCAAAUUUAUCGAGGAAUACACCAAACUCUCCAAUUUCUAACCAUCUGUACUCCGAUACUAUUGAGACCAUAUACAUUGAAUGUGGUGUAGAUGGUGGUUGGAUUGACCAAAUGUCAGGAUUUUUUUAAAAACUUGGAGGAAUAUUCAUUUGACGUUCCCUGUCACUGUGGUGUGAUCUCAAUAGAACUUUGAAGAUAUUGACUGGAAGCAGACUAUAGUGACUCGUUAACAUUGGAUAGACUGGUUUUCCUUGUGUUCUGGGGUGCUUGCAUGUUAGGAAAGAAGAGCCUCCAAGAUGUCGGUUGAGAAGAGACUGAAAGACUUGGAGGACAUGAUUUUAAGAGGACCUCAGGUGUUUAAUGAAGGCACCCUCAGUGUGGAGACUCUUCUAGAUGUCCUCCUCUGCCUUUGUCAGGAAUGUAACACUGCACCUCUACGACGGGAUAAAAACGUUGCAGAAUUCUUGGCCUGGGCUGAACCAUUUGCUUCAAAAGUCAAGCAGAAGCGACUGAAAAGGGAAGACUUUGAGAUUGUGAAGGUUAUCGGAAGAGGAGCGUUUGGAGAGGCAACAGUUGUGAAAAUGAAAGGCAGUGGUAAAAUAUUUGCCAUGAAAAUCCUUCACAAGUGGGAGAUGUUAAAGAGAGCAGAGACCGCAUGUUUUCGUGAAGAGAGAGAUGUUUUAGUGAAAGGUGAUAACCAGUGGAUUCCUAGUCUGCAUUUUGCCUUUCACGAUGACAACUACUUGUACCUAGUAAUGGAUUAUUAUGUUGGAGGUGAUCUCUUGACUCUGCUUAGUAAGUUUGAAGACCGAUUACCAGAGGACAUGGCACGUUUUUACUUGGCCGAGAUGGUGUUGGCGAUAGACUCCAUACAUCAGCUGAAAUAUGUGCACAGAGACAUAAAGCCAGACAAUAUUCUUAUCGAUAUGAAAGGGCACAUACGACUUGCUGAUUUUGGGUCGUGUUUGAAAAUGAAACCAGAUGGCAUGGUGGAAUCAUCUGUUGCUGUUGGCACCCCAGAUUAUAUUUCCCCAGAAAUUCUCCAGGCCAUGGAGGAUGGCAAGGGAAGAUAUGGAACGGAAUGUGACUGGUGGUCCCUCGGAGUCUCAAUGUAUGAACUUCUCUUUGGGGAGACUCCUUUCUAUGCGGAGUCUCUUGUAGAGACUUAUGGAAAGAUUAUGAACCAUGAGGAACACUUGCAGUUCCCGUCUGAUAUCACUGACGUGUCUGAUCACGCAAAAGAUCUGAUCCGGCGCCUCAUCUGCAGGCAAGAGGAGCGUCUGGGAAGAGAUGGAGUCAAUGAUUUUAAGAAGCACCCCUUUUUUACUGGGGUCGACUGGGAUAACAUUAGAAGAGCUAUUCCCCCUUACAUUCCUGAGGUGGACAGCCCUUCAGACACCUCGAAUUUUGACGUGGAUGACGAAUCUCUGAAAAAUUCGGGAACAUUACCACCCAAUAGUCUCAAUGGAUUUGCAGCACACUUUUUGCCAUUUGUAGGAUUUACAUUUACAUCUGAUUGUUCGCUGUCUGAUAGAGGUUCUCUGCUCAGUUUUGUCAAUAACGGGAUGGAACACAAGCUUGGACAAGCCAAAGAGCAGCUACAAGUUUCCCUGCAGAAAUCUUUGCUUUCAAACUCUGAAACCCCAACAAAAGACUUUGAGAUUCGGAGCCUGAAGACUGAAAUGGAAGUUUUGCAGAAGAAACUGGCAGAGAGAGAGACAGAUCAGGAAUCUGCAUCCGGUGCUCAGAUCCAAUCCCUGGAGAAACAGAUCGGCUCACUUAAACAAGAAAGAGAUGCAUGCACGAAGGAGUUAUCUGAUUUGCGAGAAAGGCUGAAGCAGCAAAGUGAGGAGCUCAGGGUAGCAGUGGAAAAGCAGAGAAAGGCAAAAGAUGAGCUACAUGGCGUGGAGGAAAAAUGUGAGGGGCUGAGUGCACAGACUGGACGUUUAACUCGUAGGUUAAAAGACAAAGAAGAGGAAGUAGAGGCAUCAGCAGAGAGAGUGAGAAUGUUGCGGAGAGACCUACAUAAAGCAGAAGCCAGCCGACGGGAGGCUGAAUCCCAAGUGGAGGAUCUGAUCAUAGAGCUGGAGAGACAGAAAAAGUUGAGAGAAAGGAGUGAGGUCUUGGCUUCCCAGGCUGCAGAAGAUCUGGAUAUACUAAAGACACAGCAGGUUCUAGCCUCGCCUGUUGUUAGAGGUUCGAUUCACACUUCUGAGAUGAACGAGUUGAGGUUAGGAUUUGAAAGACGGAUCCAGCAAUUGGAAGCAGAACUUUCACAGUUGAGAGACGAUUUGGCACGUCGAGAGGCAGAGCAUGCCAGUGAGACAAAAUUACUUCGUAGGGAGCUCGGUGAGAAAGAGACUAAGCUUAUAUCUCUAAGACAUGAGAUGGAAGGAAUGCAGGACAGCCUCGGGAGGACUAGAAAUGACAGUGCUCGAGCGCAGGAGGAGGAACUUGAGAACAUGCGAAAGACUAGUGAAAGAGAGAAAUAUCUGCUCAAAGAGGAGAUCAAGAAAUUGAAGGCAGUUCUGGAGAAGAUGCAUUCAGAAUCAGACAAGACAGCCAUGGAAGAUGUUCAGUUGCUGGAGGAGAAGAGGGAGUCUCUGGCUAAUUGGGAGGCUCAAAUAACAGAUAUCCUACAAUGGGUGAAUGAUGAGAAACAGUCUCGAAUUUAUCUCCAGGCUUUGUCUGUUAAGAUGACAGAAGAGCUGGAAUCUUUGAAGUCUUCUGGGAGCCAAACACCUUCCAGCAAGUCUGGGGACAGCCAGUGGAAGGCCCGCAGGCUGCAGAAGCUCGAGGCAUCAGCCAGAUUGGAACUGCAGUCUGCUUUGGAGGCAGAGAUACGUGCCAAACAGAGCAUUCAAGAAGAGCUAAAUCGGCUCAAAUCUGACAGUGUUGACACAGAACGAAAGUUGCAGGAUGCUGAAGAGGAUAACCGGAAAGUACGAGCCGAGUUGGAGAAAGUCCGUGAGGAGGCAAAGUCAAAAAUGACUACAGAAGUAAAGCCUCAGAGGUCACUAAUCCCCUUCCUAACCUUCCGAUCUGAGAAAGAUUUGUUUAGCUCAGAAAACUCUGACCAGAGCUUGAGCAAUGUGAUCAUGAGACGUGCAGACAAAACAGAUUCUGUGAAAAAUAAAGCAAACCGGAAAUCUGCUGGGUUUAUAGAAAACGUAGAAGAGGCCUCAGAUAAGCAGCCCAAGCCACACACUUUUAAAGUGAAAAAUUUUACGUCUCCAACAAAAUGCCUGCGGUGUAAGUCUGUUAUGAUUGGACUGGUUCGGCAGGGAGUUUGCUGUGAAGUAUGUGGUUACAUGUGCCACGUUUCCUGCUCCGAAGGUGCCACACUUUGCCCAUCACCUCCUAGCCAGAUAACGAAGAUCCUUGGCGUGGAUCCAGUCACCGGAAGCGGAACGGCACUAGAAGGACACUUAUCGAUCCCGAAGCCUACUGGAGUCAAGAAAGGGUGGCAGCGAGCCUAUGUUAUUUUAAGUGACUUCAGGAUCCUUAUUUAUGAUGCUGGUUCACAGGGCAGCACAACUAUUAUACAGGCUAUCGAUAUGAGGGAUGAACAUUUCUCCGUUAGUUCUGUGUUUGAAUCUGAUGUCAUCCACGCUAGCCCUAAAGACAUCCCGUGUAUAUUCCGGGUGGCCUACUCUCAGCUCUGGUCUCCACAAACCACGUCCUCCCAGCUGCUGCUGGCCGACACUGAAGAGGACAUGCAGAAGUGGGUGCAGGUGCUGAGUGAGCUUCAUACACUUUUGCGGGAUCAGAAACCUCAGAACCGGUCCGUCCGUGUAUUAAAAGAAGCCUAUGAUAGUGCCCUUCCUCUCAUACGCACAGCUCUGUGUGCCACGAUCAUAGAUCAGGAAAGAAUUGCUCUGGGGACUGAAGAAGGACUUUUCCUACUAUAUGUGAAUAAAAAUGAGAUCACCCAGCUAGGAGAUUGUAAGAGAGUCCUAGCUCUGCGCUCAAUCCCUGAGGCCCAGCAGUUGGCUGUGCUUUGUGGAAAAAGCCACAGUGUCCGCCUAUUCUCCUGGGAUCUCCUUGACUCACCAGAUUCCCCAGGUGUGAAAAUUCCAGAGGCCAGAGGCUGUCAAGCUCUAGCCUCUGACAUGGUGUGUCAAGCCUCGUCUGCCAUACUGUGUUCUGCCUCCAAAAGGCAGGUCAUCUGUUUCCAACUGACUAACAGGAAGGGCCUACCACGUCGUAUCAAGGAGUUUCAAGCCCCUGGAGUGGUGCAGUGUAUGGACAUCUUGGGGGAACGUCUCUGUGUUGGAUACCCCUCAGGGUUUUCCAUCUACCCCCUUCUAAAUGAGGGUGCUCCUCUACACCUGCCAAGUCCAGAUGAGCCCAAAUUGUCGUUCUUGACACAAGGUGCACCUGAUGCACUCUGCGCGGCUAGGGUAACACUCAGUGAAUUUCUCCUGUGUUUUUCUAUAUUUGGAGUUUUUGUGGACGCACAGGGGAAGAAAUCUAGAGCACAGGAAAUAAUGUGGCCUGCACCGCCAGUCAGUUGUGUAUACACGGCUCCUCACCUUACUGUUUUCAGUGAGAAUGCAGUAGACAUUUUUGAUGUUCGGAAAAGCGAGUGGAUACAGACUGUCCCUCUGAAAAAAGUUCGUCCUCUAAACUACGAGGGUUCCCUCUGUCUCUUCGGUAGUGAGAAAGUCCGCUUAGUGUAUCUACAUAAUAAAUUAGCUGAUCACGAUGAAUUUGAUGUACCAGAGACAUCGGAUAAUAGUAGAAGACAAAUGCUCAAAACAAAAAGCAAGAGGCAUUUCUCCUUCCGAAUAUCAGAUGAGGAGCGGCAACAGCAGAGGAGGGUGAUGAUGAAAGACCCGCAGUUGAGGUCAAAGUUAAUAUCAAACCCUAAGAACUUUAACCAUUUAGUUCACGUGGGGCCUGGAGAUGGAAAACAUCAGCUAAAAGACCUCCCAGUGGCUCAGGAAGAGAAGAGAAGAAGCAGUGGGCAAGACAUAACUGCAUCAGGAAGACCCCUGUCAUCCAGCAGUGACCAGGUAAAGCGUAGUUCCUGCAGUUCUCAGUCAGAGGACUCUCCAUCAUCCCCACAUACACUGAUGUCCUCAUCAGAUAUGCUAAGUGAGAUCUCUGAUCACACCAGUCUUCUCAACCUCUCCAGUACUUCAUCAUAAAGACGCAGAGGCUGAAGAAUAUAUAUACUAAUGUCAAUCAGUGAUUUUAAAUGGGCCAAGGGCUGACACCGUUCUAAAUACUGCCAGGACUUAACAUGAAAAACCCCUCCAUCUGAUCCAUCCCCACAAAAUGUCAUGUCUUGUUUAAAAAUAUUCUGCAUAAUCUGGACAUAUCACUGGGAACCUAUAGAAAACAAAGAUGUGUCACGGUUCUUGCUGAAAUACAAAUCAUUUACAUGGUUGAAUAAUAAUUCUUCCCAUCAAAUGGCUACGUAGUUAAACUGUGAUUUAAAUAGUUUUCUCCUUGACCAAUCCAGCAUAAUCCUUUCCCAUUUGUUUAAAGAUUUUUACCAAAAGGAGCCUACUGACCUUUGGGCAUUACACAUGAUUCCAAAUCCAAACUUUCUGUUUACAAUGGAAAUGUUUUAAAAUGUGGUAUUUUUGUAACAAAUUACCAGUUUCUUAAAAGGGAAACAGGCGAGAGGCAACCAAAGACACUACUUUUAUUUCUCUCUCCUGUUUACUUGUAACAUGAUUGCACAGGCCAUUAGCUUUUUAUACUGCAGUCAGAUAUACAUUGCAGUGGAGGUCCUUCUUAGACCCGACAUAUUGUAAUAGACAAGUGUAAACAAUUAAUUUCAGAUGUCUUUAUUGUGGUAUGUACAAGACAAAAACCAAGGGAGAAAUGCAAUAUAUAGAUGUUUCAAUAUUUUAACUGUUGUAAGAAAUGACUGCAUCCUGAGGGUGUACGCAAUUUAAAAAAGGAGUAUUUUACUGGAACAUGAUAGAGAAUUAACAGAAUCAACAUAGAUUGUGGUUUGGAAAAUGAUAUUUUAUUCUUGCGCUGUUAAUAUACAGCAUGGUAUGGAAGAACUUUAUACAGCAUAAAUAUUAUGAAAUCUGAA